GAAUUUACCGUCUCAUCGCUGCUGCUUGCUCAGUUCUGCACCGAGAAGAAGUGAUUAAGGGAGGGAGGAGAGGGGGGAGAAAAAGAAAGAAGGGGGAAAGAAGGAAAGCGAGAGUAUGGAUUUGGGCUGAAGAUUGAACUGAUCCAAUCUAUUCAUUUUCCACAUCUCUCCACUUGCAUCUUCCCUGCUGCUGCGAGGACUGAAGAGCUUUGUCUUUUAAGGAACUUAAAAGAGGGGGAGAGAGAAAGAGGGAGAGAGCGAGAGCGCGGAAAAUUAACCUCGUCAAUGAAAACAUUUCCCGAGCAAGUUUUUGGAGUGGCGGCGGAAAUUGGCAACCCUGUCACCAGGCUGUGGCUUGCCUCAUCCCACACCCCCCACCCCCCUCCCUCCAUACCCCGCUUGCAACGCAGGGAGCUGACCUGGGGAGGGGGGACCCAAACCAGCCAAGAAGAGAACCCAGCCAAACUUUUUUUUCUUCCUCCCCCCCUCCCUCCUCCUCUCCCAUUUCUCCCUUCUCUCCUCCUCGGCGGAAUUAGAAGUUGAAUCCGUUCUCUCUCUCCUUUCCCCUUCCUCCCCCCCCCCCUUUUUUUAUUUGUGUGUGUGUGUGUUUGUGUGUUUCUGCAUGAGAAGAGUGGGCUUGGAAGAGGAGUCCUGUGCGGAAAGUCUCCAGCGGCUGCAGCGGAGGAGGAGGAGGAGGGCGGCGGCGGAGGCAGCACCAGCAUGCCGAGGAGAAAGCAGCAAGCACCCCGGCGCUCUGCAGAAGUGUGUUUUUCUGGCUUUCUUUCAGCCUUUCUUUCUGCAAGGGAAUUGCACACAUUUCAGAAUGGCUCUGUGCACAAUUCACCCAACGUGAAAAUAUUUUUUUCCGCAUCAGGAAACUGUUUUCAACCCAUGUUUAUUUUCUGCUUUGAUUUGCACAUAAACUCACCUAUGUUCUACAGCCAAGCAUAUGUUCCUGAAGAGGAAUUGAAGGCAGCGGAAAUAGAUGAGGACAGAGUGGAGGAUGACGGGCUGUCUCUGGACAUCCAGGAGAGUGAAUAUUUGUGCAAUGAAGAAACAGAGAUCAAAGAGGCUCAAAGCUACCAGAACUCCCCAGUCAGCACUGCAACUAAUCAAGAUGCAGGCUAUGGUUCGCCAUUCAGUGAAAACAGCGAUCAACUGGCCCAUUUCAAAAGCACUUCUUCUAAAGAAGAAAAGGAGGAUCAUCAGUGCACAGACAGUGCUUCCUAUCCACAGGACAGCUUGGCACAAAUAAAAGCUGUGUAUGCAAAUUUACUCUCAGAGUCUUGCUGGUCCAGUUUAGCUUUAGACUUAAAGAAAUCCAGUCCAACCACCAGCAACAAUGAAAUCAGCCAGAAUGAAAACACCACCAAUUGCAAUGCUAAUACCAACACCCACAGCACCAGUACCAACACCAGUACUAGUACGAGUAACUGUAAUACCAAUACCAGUAACAGCAGUGGCUCAGGUUAUGACUGGCACCAAGCUGCAUUAGCUAAAACUUUGCAGCAGACUUCUUCAUAUGGACUUCUGCCAGAGCCCAGUCUGUUUAGCACGGUGCAGCUUUACAGGCAAAACAAUAAACUCUAUGGGUCUGUGUUCACCGGUGCUAGUAAGUUUCGAUGCAAAGACUGCAGUGCAGCCUAUGAUACCCUGGUGGAGCUAACCGUGCAUAUGAAUGAAACUGGACACUACCGUGAUGACAACAGAGAUAAAGAAUCUGAAAAGACCAAACGGUGGUCAAAGCCUAGAAAACGUUCUCUUAUGGAAAUGGAAGGCAAAGAGGAUGCUCAAAAAGUGCUGAAAUGCAUGUACUGUGGGCAUUCAUUUGAAUCUUUGCAAGACCUGAGUGUCCAUAUGAUAAAAACAAAGCAUUACCAGAAAGUGCCUCUGAAGGAACCAGUACCAGCCAUCACAAAACUGGUCCCUUCGACCAAAAAGCGAGCACUUCAGGACUUAGCGUCACCUUGUUCACCUGAGCCAACAGGGAUCACCACAGAGGCUGCAUUGAGUGAAGCUGCAAAGGAUCAGAAAACUGCCAAUCCCUAUGUGACUCCAAACAAUCGCUAUGGCUAUCAAAAUGGUGCUAGCUACACUUGGCAGUUUGAGGCCCGUAAAGCCCAGAUACUGAAAUGCAUGGAAUGCGGCAGUUCUCAUGACACUUUGCAGCAACUUACCGCUCACAUGAUGGUCACUGGUCAUUUUUUGAAGGUGACAAACUCAGCCUCGAAAAAAGGAAAACAGCUAGUGUUGGACCCUGUGGUGGAAGAAAAGAUACAGUCCAUACCUCUGCCACCCACCACCCAUACGAGACUGCCAGCCUCCAACAUAAAAAAGCAGCCUGAUUCUCCGGCAGGAUCUACGAACUCUGAGGAAAAGAAGGACCCAGAAAAGGAAAAGGUGGUUGUCAUUGAAACAGACAAAAAGAUUAAAGAGGAGACCGAGGACUCUACGGAAAAAUUUGAAUCAACAACUUUGUAUCAGUACCUCAGAGAGGAGGAUCUGGAUGACAGUCCUAAAGGUGGAAUUGACAUAUUGAAAUCUCUUGAGAACACGGUGACAACAGCUAUCAGCAAGGCUCAGAAUGGAGCACCUUCCUGGGGAGGAUACCCCAGCAUUCAUGCAGCUUAUCAGCUACCAGGUACAGUAAAACCCUUGCAACCCACUGUGCAGAGUGUUCAAAUGCAGCCGUCCUAUGCCAGUAGUGUAAAAUCACUGUCGUCGGAACACAGUGCACUCGUCCAUUCCCCAGGAAGUCUCACGCCCCCACCUCACAAAAGUAAUGUGUCUGCGAUGGAGGAGUUGGUGGAGAAGGUUACAGGUAAAAUCAAUGUAAAGAGAGAAGAAAAACCUACAGAGAAAGAGAAGAGUUCUCCAGUUAAACCAACAUCACCUGCUGCUAAAGAAAACAAAGACUUUCCAAAAUCGGAGGAAAUAAACAAUAAACAGCAGCAAAAAAAGAGUCCUGAUGCAGAUGUUCAGAAGGUCAAAAAGGACAGUCUGGCUGACGUUCAGCUUCCAAAUGGUACUGAACCACUCAAAGCAAAAGUCGCAAAUGGCUGUAAUAAUUUAGGAAUCAUCACAGAUCAUUCGCCUGAGUCGUCUUUUAUUAACCCAUUGAGUGCUUUACAGUCCAUUAUGAAUACACAUUUAGGCAAAGUUUCAAAGCCAGUAAGCCCCUCUUUGGACCCUUUGGCCAUGUUGUACAAAAUUAGCAACAGUAUGUUGGACAAACCUAUUUACCCGACCACUCCGGUCAAGCAAGCCGAUGCCAUUGACCGGUACUACUAUGAAAACAGUGAUCAGCCCAUUGAUUUAACCAAGUCUAAAACCAAACCUCUUGUUUCUAGUGUGGCUGACUCUGUCUCCUCUCCUUUAAGAGAGAGUGCCCUCAUGGAUAUUUCUGAUAUGGUAAAAAAUCUCACUGGGCGUUUGACACCCAAGUCUUCAACUCCAUCCACAGUGUCAGAGAAGUCUGAUGCUGAUGGAAGCAGCUUUGAGGAAGCUCUGGAUGAGCUGUCACCAGUGCACAAGAGGAAAGGCAGGCAGUCCAACUGGAACCCUCAGCAUCUUCUGAUCCUUCAAGCACAGUUUGCUUCCAGCUUGAGGGAGACACCAGAAGGCAAAUAUAUUAUGUCAGACCUCGGUCCACAGGAGCGAGUACACAUCUCUAAGUUUACUGGUCUUUCCAUGACCACAAUUAGCCACUGGCUGGCCAAUGUGAAGUAUCAGUUAAGGAGGACAGGUGGAACUAAGUUUUUAAAGAACCUAGACACAGGACAUCCUGUUUUCUUUUGCAAUGAUUGUGCCUCUCAAUUCAGGACUGCUUCUACGUACAUAAGUCACUUAGAGACACAUUUAGGUUUUAGUUUGAAGGAUCUGUCAAAAUUGCCACUAAAUCAGAUUCAAGAACAGCAGAAUGUUUCAAAAGUCCUCACAAACAAGACUUUGGGCUCACUUGGAAUUGCUGAGGAGGACUUGGGCUCCACAUUCCAGUGUAAGCUCUGUAACCGAACUUUUGCAAGCAAGCACGCAGUCAAACUGCACCUUAGUAAAACACACGGCAAGUCCCCAGAGGACCAUCUGAUCUAUGUAACUGAAUUAGAAAAACAAUAGUGUCCAGGUAAGCAGCUAGGUAUGCAAGUGACCACAGGAACAUUGCACUAAACUUCUUCAUAGUACUGCACUAGGCCUGACCUGAGCCUCUGAAAUCAGUCUUACUUUUGUUGCUGAACUGCCUAUCUGGACCUUGGUUUUUCUUACACUUAUUUUGUAGUUAUAUUUAUAUGCUCUUUGUCUGAUCUGUGCAUGGUGUUUUUUUUGUUUUGGUUUGGUUUUUUUGUGAGUCAAAGUCUGACCUUUAUUUUCAACAUCUGUCCUUGAUGUUAAGCUAUCUUUUGUAGAAUAUAGUGGGAGACACUUUUGAGAGACAUUAAUUUAGUGGUAAAGAAAGACACGACGAACAAUGAUAAAAAGACAUCCUAAAAUUACAAAGUUGCCAUGACAAUAAAGGUCACAGAACCUAGUAGUGUCAAGUUUUAACCCUCUGAGAACUGUAAUAGCAUUUCUGUGCCUUUCCAAAUAAUUAAAUAAAUAAAGAGGCUUAAAGGUAUUUCAUUCAAAUCAAAGCUGUGUCAAAAACAAAAUGUACUAAUGGUUUUUUUUAAAAUGAGCAUUUUUUAAUGCAGAACUGAUUUGUGGGGAAAACAUGCAUGCAGUUCUUGGACAAAAGAAAGCUAUCUAGUACUCAAGAGGUUAGGAAGCUACAAUUGUAUGAAUUUAUUAAUAAUAAAUAAUAAUAAUAUAAAAGAGCAAACCAAGUUGCCACUAUGCCCAAACUCUCCGGAUGCUGAGAAUUGCCAUGUUUUUUGGCAAAAAAAAAAAAAAAAAAAAAGUAUGCAAGCUGUUAUUAAAAAAAAAAAGUGUAAAAUGCUUUUUUUCCUGUAAAAUACUACAGUUUAUAGUUAUUUACAAAUGUUAAGCUUUGGUACAAGCUGACCUUUCUAUAGUGUGCUGCAUUGGUAAAUGAAAACAAAAAAUAAAAUAAAAAAAUGGGGCAAAUGUUGGAUUCUGUUCCUGUAAAUUGCCAGCAUCAGCUUAAAAACUACAUGUUACAUAUCGUACCAUUUUAAACUGUUUAACUUUCUUUGUACCUUCUGGCUGUAUGCUUUCUCUUUUACCUUUUUAUAUUGUCAUUUUAUAUUCGACUUCGGUGUAUAUAAUGUAAAACCACACUUUUUGAAUAAAAUUUAGUUCCUGCAGCUUGAUUUAAGUAGAUACAUUUUACUGGCACCUGCAUCUUACCAGAUGCAUGUACUUAAAGGAACUAUCUGACAAAAAUAAAUAAAUAAAAAUAAAGCAAGCAAUGCACUAUGAAUUAUACAUUUUGAUGUUUUAUCAUUAAUAUUGUACAGUACAUUUUGGUUCACACAAUUAAAUCCACUGUUUUCUCAAGUGUAAAAUAAACCCACAUGCAGUUCUUGAUUUA